AUGAUGGACCCCAAACGCCCUCGGUCGCCCGGCAGCGGCAACCUCGACUACCCAGCAAAGCAGCCCAAAACGGCACAUCCCCAGCACCAGACCCAGCACCAGCAGCACCAGCAUCUCCAGAUCAACUAUCUCGCCAGACAGUACUCCGACACCCUCCCCCUCGUCUCUACGGACGAUACUCUACCAGCCAUACUUCGCUGGAUAGGCGAGUACGACGGCGUGUUGCACCGCCACGAGUCCAUCGCUGGGAACCUGGGUGCAUGUCCUCUCGGCCCCAUACUCGUCAAGCGCUUCGAGCGUCUUUUCGAUGGGCCUCCUCGUGUCAUAAAGACAACCCCCAAUGGCAGUGAUAGUAAGGAGAGUACCGUCUCAUGGCUUGAUGUCGUCGAGUUCGCAAAGGAGUACCCAGAGAAGUUCACUCUCGAAAAGUCUCGAACCGGAUCCCGUGUCUGUCAGCUAGAUAUCAAGCAUGCAAGAGUCGAGAUCUCCGAAGAGGAUUACGUCCUCAUUGCCUCGGGGAUGCCUCAGAAGAUGAUUCCUCCACAACCUAUCAGCGAAGACGAAGAAAAGGAGCUGGGUGCGCUGGAAAUUCUAGAAAAGAACCUCGUCUAUAUCAUCCAGCUGGCUGAUCAGGGCAUAGCUAAUGGGUAUAUAGUAUCGGCUCGAGCCCGGCAACUCAACCACCGGUUGAAAAACCGUCGCAACGCCAUCGUUUCCAGACGCGAAAACGAUGCUAGUCUCGCUCAGUCGCAGUCGCAGUCGCAGUCGCAAACCCGGGCCAUCAGUCCUUGGAAGGAUACCACUACUGCCAACGGACAUGGACAGUCUCGCACCGCCUCUCCGCCUGGCUUCGUGGCCGUCAACUCUCGCCAGGAACAGGCUCAGUCGUACCAUGAUGAUCCCGCACAGUUCGCCUUCUCCCAGCCUAUAUCAGACAACGUCACCAUCAUCAAUGGCACCUCCAUCAAGGGCGCGUCUCCGAGCACUCGCGCAGAACUCAUGAAGAAAUUCUUUACUACCUCCGACAGACGGAUGCACCAGCACCAGCACCAGAAACCCCAGCACUCUGAACAGACAGAUUCUGGAUCAGAUCACCACCCACCCUCCUACACCGGUCAGGGCAGCUCAGCUAUCCCCCCGGUUCCUAUUCCAAACACGCCUUCAUCUCUACUCCCGCACCCAAAGCCAACCCCUCCACACGAUCGCGAUGACACUGCUCCUUUCAAGCCAGCCAUGGUCGCUCGGAUGGAGGAUCUGGCCAGAGGGGAGCGCAUCCUGCCUCCCUGUGACAGGUGCAGGAGACUGAAUAUGCACUGUCUGAAGAACCUGACAGCUUGCAUGGGCUGCACAAAGAAACAUGCCAAAUGUUCAUGGCGGGACGUCAAGGCAGAAGAACUUCAGCAGGAACGUGCCGGAAGCCAGGAGACUGGUUCUGCUGGCCGAGAGAAGGAUAGAGAUGCCAGUGAAGAUGCAUCUGCCUCCGUUCCGGAAGAUAGGGGCAACAACAGUCCCGGCCGGGCCACCACCAAUGGAACCAACAAUGCCAGAAACAACCAGAAACGUGAUAGGAGUGGUAGUAAUAAGUUAGAUGAUGAUUCUACUGAUGUUCUUGCACAGGCAAUCAUGGACACAUUUGAUCAUCAUCGGCAAAGGACUGCUGAGAGGGAGAGAAGCCAGCAGCAGCAGCAACAACAGCAACAGCAGCGAGAAAAGGAAAAAGAGAAAGACAGAGAGAAGAACAAGGAGAAAGAUAGGGAUAGGGAGAGAACAAAUGGCCAUGUUGUUGAGGCGCGAUGA